AAACAUUGCAGACUACAUAUAUAAGAGUUCUUACUUCUCUAUUGGAACUGGGUGUUUCCUUGUGAGUUGUAUUGGGUGAUAACAAGCCCCUGACACUUUCCCCAGGCAUCAUAUCAAAUCACCAAAAUAAUCCACCUGCAACCCCAACUUCUGUGCUGCUUCUUAGAACGAAACUUCGAAUUUUUAUGAUAAAAUCCAUUUGCAGCUUUAUUGCAUAAUGAGGUUUGGUUUUAUUCUAUCUAUUACUCUUCGUAGAGUUUAAUCAACAUGUCGGACUUUGUGCCCCCCAUUAUACCACAGCUCAAUAGGCAAUUGAGCUUGAUACCAGUAGGCUUAAAGGAAGCAGCCCUCGAUUCACCAACCUUUCGCGCAACUGCAGUUCAUUUCUCUGAUCAAGUAGAGAUACUUGAAAAAUGGCUCGACGCCUACGUAAAAUCUAUUACCAAACUUGUUCACGAUGCUUUGUCAUUGGAGGAAGCAUUCAAUAACUUUCUCUUUCGAUCGAUUCCUCCUGCGAACGUUUCCGAAGCCGUCGUCGAUCAUGACUAUACUCUGCUGGCAAUGCAGAGAUUUGGGGAAGGGUCCAAAGAAUGGUGGUCGCAGAUCAUGACAGGCACCAGGAAAAUUGACACGAAUAUAUGCGAGCCCAUCAAGGCAUUUAUGGCUUCUGAGCUACGAAACUUCAAAGACGCCCGACGAUAUUUAGAGCAAUCGCAGAAGACAUUUGAUUCUACGCUGGCGAGAUACGUGGCUCAGUCAAAAACAAAAGAGCCUUCAGCGCUGCGAGAGGAUGCUUUUCAAGUACACGAAACCAGAAAGGCAUAUCUGAAAGCAUCUUUGGACUUUUGUCUGCUUGCACCCCAGCUACGAUAUACAAUUGAUAAAUUACUUGUGAGGGUAUCGACCGAUCAAUGGAGGGAGAUGAGAAAGACAAGAGAAGUCUCUUCAUUACAUCUUGCGAAAUGGAAUGGUGAAAUGGAUCGUGUGCGAGGGUGGAGCAAAGAAAUGGAGGCUGGUGAGGCAACUUUCCGACGUGAAUUGCAGCUUGCUAGGCGAGAUAUUGCGGAGACUGCAUCUCAAGCCACAAAACCCUCCAGAGAAUUAGAGGACUAUAAUCUUUCCACAGUUGCCUAUCUUGGCUCGAGAGGUCCCUCAACAGUCAAUAUUCUACCUCAAAGUAAGCACACGGAUCGAACUGAGAAACAAGACUGGCUGUUUUUAAGGACAAUAUCUGGUAAACCCGCAAGAACUGUAUGGGUUCGUCGCUGGUUUUAUGUUAAAAAUGGUAUCUUUGGUUGGCUAGUUCAAGGGAUACAGUCAGGAGGAGUCGAGGAGAGUGAGAAGAUUGGCGUCCUCCUUUGCAAUGUGAAACCAGCUGUCCAGGAAGAUCGAAGAUUUUGCUUUGAAGUAAAAACUAAGAAUCAAACAAUUUUGGUUCAAGCCGAGACUCAGGCUAUCCUUAUGGAAUGGCUCGAAGCUUUUGAACUUGCAAAAAAUAAAGCUCUCGAGGCUAGUGCGAACCCCAGAGCUCUCCGCGCUGGAGGAAUUGAUCCCGCAUUUGCUAUAACCCCGCCCUCUAUUCCAGAAUUUGCUGCCAAAAAUGCAGACGGUCAAAUUUCAUAUGGGAGCGAAGAUCCGCCCGAAAGGUCCGGUACAUUACCUCUGCCUGGCAUGGAGUUUGUAGGAAGGAAUAGUUCUGAUGUCGUCCCUGCUCGUCGUUCCGUCACUUCGAGGGAAGAGGGCGAGACUGGUCGAGAGCAUGCCGCCAGAAUCAUGCAAAAACUGGAUUUGCAUAGAAAGUCGGCAAGCAUGCAGUCAAAUGAACCUCCAAGUGCACCACAAUCCGCUGCAGGUGGUAUCGCCGGCUUGAUAUCAUCAAGUCAUGCGAUUCUUCCCGUUUCUGCGGCUUCAAAUUCGACGACCACCACUAAUACUCUUCCCAAUCCACAAAUUACAUUACAAUCACCAACUCGAGAUUAUGCUGCAAGUACUUUAGCACCGUCGACACUCAUAAACCCACCUGCCCCUACAAAUUUGAGCAAAUCGGCAGUAAUUGUUAGCGGAGAGCGUGGAAUUGGUGUCGGUCAAAGCGAUGCCAGCGGGGGAGUCCCCAGUGGUAUCAUGGCCAAUCUAUGGGGCAGUAGUAAUUGGGGAUAUAUCAAUCGUCUUGAGAAAGGAGAGGUUAGAAUGCCAAGUUUUGGAUCUCGCUCUGCACCUGGAAGUCCACGCAUAAAGCCGUUAGAACCAUCUCCUAAGAUAGGUACGGACGAGAAUUUGAAACCCGAUGGACUUGGGUCUACAAAAAGCCCCAUUAGUCCAUCAACUGAUUCUUUACCAACACCAGUUCCCUCAACCGCGAUGCACCGAAAAUCCGCCAGUGCUAGUAUCGAUAUUGAAGUGGCGCGUGCAGCGAAUCAAUCUGCUUUUAAACCAGAAGCAUAUCCCAGUAAUUACCCGAUACAACUGAAGACCCAAGAUGCACAAUUUAGAAUCCUAUUUCAGGAUGUUUCGCGGGAAGACAAAGUCAUACUUGUCUUCCGUGCGACUUGGAAUCCAAAUGAACAGCAUGAUUUUCCGGGAAGAGUUUACGUCACUCAAAAAGACAUAUACUUCUAUAGCCAUCAUUUAGGACUUGUUUUAAUAACUGGCGUUAAGCUAGCUAGUAUCAGUGAGGUUACAGCGGCUCCGGGCAGAGAUUGUGACUUCUUAUUUCUUCAUCUCCUCGAUACUUCACUGGAUACAGGAUUUACCAGGAUCACCAUCAAAACAUUCCUGGAACCACUUCGAUUGCUACAAUCGAGGUUAAAUUUCUUGGUUGAUAUAAACCAAGCUGAGAAUCCAAUGAGCUUGGAAGAUAUCAUGACAGCUUUAAUCAAAAUGGAGCACGAAGACCCUACUAGAAGUCCUAGCAUGGAAAGUUGGGAAGAUGUUGAUGUUAAUACGCCGGCCGAUGAUGGAACUACUCUGGGUCAUUCCCACAGUCGUAGAGAUCGUGACCUUAGAGCUUCGUUGCAUGUUGAACGUACACUGAAUUUCAGCAGAAAAGGGAAGGAAGUGCAAAAAUUCCAACUUCCUUCUCAACCCGUUAUUUAUGAACCGCCUGACAUGCAACGAAAGACAAUCGAGCGAGAAUUUGGCAUUAGUCCGAAGGCACUCUUCCACCUCAUGUUCGGCGACAAAAGCGCAGUAUUUCAACUACUUUACCAUGAACGAAGAGCAACAAAUAUUGCUCAAGGCCCUUGGGUUCAUCUCGACGGAAAUCACAUGCGUCGAGACUUUGAGUUUCAGACUGACUACCUUGAUUCCUGGCGAAGAUCAAGACAAGCAAAUGUUGUCGAUUAUCAGGUUAUCGAUGUCAUGAACGAUCAUGUAUGUUAUGUUGUUACGGAUUUCAAGACGCCUUGGCAUCUACCGCAUUUCCAAGAUUUCAUGCUGGUCUCCAAAAUUGUUAUUACUCAUAUCUCCAAAUCAAAAUGCAAGCUGGCCAUCUUUACAAAAGUUGAAUGGUCCAAGUCUCCCAAAAUUGGAAAAGGUCUUGUUGAAAGGCAGGCUUUGGAUGACUGUGCAAUGGACGCUGAAGAUUUAGUCGACGUUAUAGCCGAUCAAGUUCGGAAGUUGGGACCUAACAGUAGGACGAAGAAAGCUAUUCAUAUUUACGGACAUGUGGGGCACCAGACAACGGUCUCACUUUUCGCGGCCAACGACGCAAGCCAGUCAAAACGACCCCAGAUCAAGCAACGUACACUCACAAACAUGUUAUUUGAGACACUCAGCUCGUUCGGUGAGAGUGUUAUAUCUUCUGUAAUGAUGUGGACUUUUGCGGUGUUCCGAUCUAUAUGGAAAAUUUCAAGUGCCCACACGAUUCUCUUGAUCGCAUUGGUUUUGAGUAUUAUGAUAAAUGCAUUCCUUACCGGCCGCGAUACAUCAGAAUGGUGGACAGAACGAAAUGCAGCAAGGUUCAUGAAUAGGAUGGGAGUUGGGCCAAAUCCAAGCAUGAGCAAAGCGAUUUACAUGAAGGAUCUCGACGAGGCCGUGAAUAAUCUAUCGACAUUCCCAAAUCGUCACCAGAGCAAAUGGCAUGUAUCCUUACCACAGAACUAUUAACAUAGGCUAAUACCUUUCAAUAGCUACACACAAUUCAUGGAGAUUGCAAAUGUUACAGAUCUUGACGCUCCUUAUGCAAUGGCAGGGACACCAUUCAGUAGGACAUCAACACAAUCGACAGCUAAGAGACUUCGGAGAACGCGUCAGAACCUGGGUUCAUACCGAUAUGACCUAUUGAUUGCUAUGAGAGUAGUCAACAAUAUCGAGAGAAACGUGCUAGAAGCGGAAUGGGAGAAUUGGCUCCUGGAUGAAAAUAUGAGGUGCAAACAAGCUCAACUGAUGUUGCGAGACAGUCAAGCAAAUACCCUGCCAAUUAAUAAAAUUAAGGGACUUUCAAGCCAAAAAGUUCUUCAAGGGGAAGAUAAUAUGAACGAACUUAGAGAAUGGCAUCAAGAGUAUUGCGGGAGCUGUAAAGCAGAGCAAGAUUUACUCACACGGGGAGGGGAAAAUGAAACAUUUGGUUAAAAGGCAGUAAAUAUGUAUACCCUGCAAAACUUUGAGCAUCAUUAAUUCGGAUUACUGCGAGCAUACCUAUUGAGCGAGGCGUUGGGUACGACAUUAUUGGAUUUGCUGGAUGGACAGAAUCAUUUCUUGCAUUGGCCAGCGGUUGAGUGACUGUAUAGUGAAGCACUCACGUUACAUAGAAGAAAAUCAUAAACAUGUAUAUUCUA